AUGGCAGAGGAAAUAAGGCUUAAUGAUUCCAAACUUGGAACGAAACAAUACUGGAAUGAGUUCUACCAGAAGGAGAUUGAAAAUUUCGAUGAGAACGAUCAAGAUACUGGAGAGAACUGGUUUGAUGAUUCGGAUGCUGAAAGAAGAGUCAUUGAUUUCUUUAUUGGGUUAGUGGAAGAAGGUCAGUUUGGUUCUUCUGAUCUGUUGAGCGUUUUGGACUUGGGUACCGGUAAUGGCCAUUUCUUAUUUGAGCUCAACCAGGAGAUUGAGGAACAGGACGUUGCUAUAAAUUUAUUUAAUAACGGCAUAGACUAUUCACCAGAGUCAGUUGAUUUUGCUAAGAAAAUUGCACAGAAGAAGUUUCCUGACCAGUCAUAUACAUUUGAGGAGGUUGACUUCAUCAGUAAAGAGUGCAAGUACUUGGAGGAAAACCAAGGUAAGUUCAAUGUGGUGUUUGAUAAAGGUACACUAGAUGCCAUUGCACUUAACAAUGAUCCUAUUGAUGGGUUCGAUGGGAAGAUCGGCGUGGGCGUAUAUCCUAUUCAAGUCAGCAAAUUGAUGAGCCCAGGCUCUCUUCUUAUCAUUACAUCAUGCAACUUCACAGAAGAAGAGUUGACAAAAUUGAUUACUCAGGAUGAAAAUAAUAAGUUGAAGGUGUUCCAGAAGGUUGAAUACCCUUCCUUCCAAUUUGGUGGUCAGAAGGGAUCUACCAUUUGUACGAUAGCAUUUGAAAAGGUAUAG